GGCGCCUCGAGAAGGCGGCGGAAUGCGCCCCGGCUACCCGAGAGCCUCCACCGUAAAACAAAAGAAAGAUUUGUCCCCAAAAAUGGUCACACCUUUAUCGGCUAAGUCGACUCCGGAGCGCGACCACGCACGGAGUCCGGACUGCGCUCUCGCGGCUGUGGGAGACGCGUUUAACGGAUGACAGCUGCUCGAGAAGGCCCUGCGAGAAACGGUGGCUUUUGGUCGAUUAGCGCCUCCACGCCGGACCAUCUUCGACGCGAUUAAUCCCCGCGGGUCAAUACGUUAAAGUGGACACAUGCGAUUAAUCGAGCGGCCGUAAUACUAGGACACUUGGCUACGUUUAUCUGGCAUUUUUCCCCCGUUGUCAUCUGUUGCUGGUCCGUUGGCUGUUUUCAAACCAAGCUAAUGUUAGCCAGCUCUGGACGAGAGUGGCUAACGUACUAGCGUACAGAUGUAUUUACACACACAUCCUAACUGUAAAACCGAGAAGUAAAAUCGUUGUCGUGGUGUCAAGCCAAACCCAAAAGAUGCAACCUCUGUGGAGAUCUCUGCACGACAUCUGUGGAACUCUCUGCGCAACCUCGCUGUGACCCAGCCAGGGCCCGGUGUGUCCUCCAGCCUGGCAUGAGGCUCGUCGCCUCCUCGUUUCCCUUUUGGCUCUGUCAAGCUUUGCUGUUCCCCAUGGAGUUUUAAAGGCCACUGGGUGCUGCUGUCCGUGCUUCCUUGAGAACGAACCCGCGCGCGCGCACGCACGCACAAACACAUAACCACGCACACAUGCAUACACACACACAAAACAGGUAUGUAUGAAAGAAUUGAAGUAUAGCAGCCUGUCUGCCAUUUUUAGAGUGGUUUAUCGGAGUUAUUAACGAGCGGAGCGAGGGAGAGAAAAGAGACAGAGAGGGGGGGAGCGAUAGAGAGAGUGAGAGACUCAGGGUCCCAUGCUUCGUCGGACCAAAGUGCUUUCACCAUGAGCAGUGCUUUAGGCAAAGACAAAGACUGCAAGGAGAAGGAGACCAAAGCCCCCGCCAGCCUGGGCAAGGAGGGCAAGGAGGGCAAAACCAAAGGGAAAGAUGCCAAAGACGGGAAGAAGGAUGCCAGCAGCGCUCCGCCCGCCGUAGCCUUCUCCGUGGACAACACCAUCAAGCGGCCCAACCCGGCGCAGGGCACGCGCAAGAAGUCCAGCAACGCUGAGGUGCUGAAGGAGCUGGCCAAGUGCCGCGAGGAGAACUCCACUCGCAUGGACCUGUCCAAGCGCUCCAUCCACCUGCUGCCGCCGUCCAUCAAGGAGCUGACGCAGCUGACCGAGCUCUACCUGUACAGCAACAAGCUGCAGAGCCUGCCGGCCGAGGUGGGCAGCCUGACGAGCCUGGUGACGCUGGCGCUCAGCGAGAACUCGCUCACCAGCCUGCCUGAUGCGCUGGACAGCCUGAAGAAGCUGCGCAUGCUGGACCUGCGGCACAACAAGCUGCGGGAGAUCCCUGCCGUGGUGUACCGCCUGGCCUCGCUCACCACGCUCUACCUGCGCUUCAACCGCAUCACCGCCGUGGAGAAGGACAUCUGCAACCUGACCAAGCUCACCAUGCUCAGCAUCCGCGAGAACAAGAUCAAGCAGCUGCCCGCCGAGAUCGGGGAGCUGUGUAACCUGAUCACUCUGGACGUGGCCCAUAACCAGCUGGAGCACCUCCCCAAAGAGAUCGGCAACUGCGCCCAGAUCACCAACCUGGACCUGCAGCACAAUGAGCUUCUGGACCUCCCCGAGACUAUAGGCAAUUUGUCGAGUAUAAACCGCUUGGGUCUGCGGUACAACAGGCUGUCAGCUAUCCCACGAUCGUUAGCAAAGUGCCGGGAGCUGGAAGAGCUAAACCUCGAAAACAACAAUAUCUCUGUGCUACCUGAGGGUCUUCUCUCGAGUCUGGUGAACCUGACCAGCCUGACACUGGCACGCAACUGCUUUCAGUCCUACCCGGUGGGCGGGCCAUCACAGUUCUCCACCAUCUACUCCCUCAACAUGGAGCACAACCGCAUCAACAAGAUCCCCUUCGGCAUCUUCUCCCGCGCCCGCGUCCUCAGCAAGCUCAACAUGAAGGACAACCAGCUGACGUCGCUGCCGCUGGACUUCGGCACGUGGACCAGCAUGGUAGAGCUGAAUCUGGCCACCAACCAGCUGACCAAGAUCCCCGAGGACAUCUGCGGCCUCAUGUCCCUCGAGGUACUCAUAUUGUCCAAUAACCUCCUGAAGAAGUUGCCUUACGGAAUCGGUAACCUGCGCAAGCUGCGUGAGCUUGACCUGGAGGAGAACAAGCUGGAGUCCCUCCCCAACGAGAUCGCCUACCUUAAAGACCUACAGAAACUUGUGUUGACCAAUAAUCAGCUGACCACGUUGCCAAGAGGAGUAGGUCACCUGACUAACCUGACUCACCUCGGCCUGGGAGAGAACCUUCUGCAGCACCUACCUGAGGAGAUCGGCACACUGGAGAACCUGGAGGAGCUGUACCUGAACGACAACCCCAACCUGCACAGCCUGCCAUUCGAGCUGGCACUGUGCAGCAAACUGUCCAUCAUGAGCAUCGAGAACUGUCCCCUCAGUCACCUCCCGCCACAGAUUGUGGCCGGAGGUCCCUCCUUCAUCAUCCAGUUCCUGAAGAUGCAGGGACCGUACCGCGCCAUGGUCUGAGCGCCCAGCCCCACGUGGGGCCACGCACUGUACAAACAUACAAACGAAACAAAAACUAAGAAAACAACAGCAGAAAGGACAAAACAAACCAACAUAUUCAACGCUCACUUUAAAGACACCCUUGUCCAUUAAUAGGUAUAUAUCUGAGAGAAGACGAGGCAGAUUAUUCCGGAUCACUGAUCAUGCCAAGAGGUGAAUCAUAGGCAGUUAGGAGCCCUUCCAGCCAAUCAUGUUUAAGGACGAGAAAGCGAGAAGAGGAAUAAUAUUUAGACAUCAGUUGCCAAAUUGGUGAUUGUCUUAGGAAGGCAGAUGUUGAAGCACUCUGUCUUAAGCGGUUAAAUCACAUUGCCACAAAUGAAUUCAGUUCUUUUUAUUUUAAAGUGAGAAAAAAACAGCUGUAUGCAAAAACACAAUUCAUGUUUUCCAUUUCAUUUUCUUUUUGCUGCUGCCGCCAUAAUCUGUAUUUGUUUGAGUCUAGUCUGUGCGCACACAUGCGCAUCCUCUUAUGGCAGAUAAAUGUUUUUCUUUUUAAAUUUUCUUUGUGUUGUUAAAGAGCAUCCCAUGUUGAGUGAUUUCUUUUUGUACAGAGGUUUGAUCUGAUCUGUUGGGUAACUGAGAACAAGUCGUUA